UGUCUCUAAUGAGUACAGCCGUACAGACACACGGUUCGUAUUUCAUGUCCGAGUUUCCUUCUCUGAGCUUCUAGGUUAAAAAAAACAUUCACCCAUGGUGGAUUGGGCAUUUCUCCCGAAGGAUCUCCUCGUCCUGAUCUCGAAACGUCUAGAAACUUCCUUCGAUCUCAUCCAAUUCCGUUCCGUGUGCUCCUCCUGGCGAUCCGCCGCCGAGCCGAAGCGUCACCGACCGGCCCAUCACCUCCCGAUUCUCCCCGACAACGGCGGCGGACUCUUCCCGGACUCCGCUGCUGGUUUCCGCCUCUCCCGAAGGAGCAUCUUCCUCAUCGGGCAACGUGAACAGCACAAUGAAACAAAUCCGUUCGCGUGGCUCGUGAAGGUAGAGGAAGACAUCGAUGAUCCCGGUAGAAUGGUCCUUGUCGAUCCUCUGAGCGACCGAUUGAAUCGCCUUCCCGAUGAUUUCCCUCGGGUUCUCGAUCUCUCGAGGUUUAGGGUUCGCGAAUUGGGUCAGGAAUUCAAACUCCAUUACUUCAAUUGCGUCGGUAACAUCGUUGACAGUUUAUACUUGGAGAAAGCGGUUGUUAAGUUUCUUGACAGUGACGCGGAGAACGAAUUCGUGCUGCUUACGAUUCAUGUCUCUGGUAAGUUGGCUGUGUUUAAGUCAUGGGAGCGAUCCUGGGCUGUGAUCCCUGAUAUGCCGUCUCCUUAUGAUGAUGUUAUCCUGUUCGAUGAUCAAUUCUACGCCGUCGAUAACAAUGGGAGAACUGUGGUUGUGGAUUUCUUGUCGUUGAAUCUAACAUUGGCGGCAAAUCCUGUAUUUGGUGGGGACAAGAAGUUUCUGGUAGAAUCUCGUGGUGAAUUGAUGUUGGUGGAUAUGUAUCUGAGCAUCGAGGCCGUGGAUGGAGCGCCGGGUUUCAUCGAAGAGUUUUUCGAGCAUCUUGCUUAUUACAUGAACGAGAGAACUGUCAAGUUUAAGGUUUUUAAAUUCGACAAGAGAGAGAAGGGCUGGGUUGAGGUCGGGGGGGAUUUGGGGGAUAGGAUGCUGUUUUUGGGUGAUGACUGCAACUUCUCGGCCUCGGCAUCUGAUGUGUUACCUCUUCGUAGAGAGAGUUCCGUCUUAUUCAAUGGCAAUGUCUUCAAUGGGGAAGACUAUGGAACAAUGCAGGAUCGAGAUGUAGGAGUUUUCGAGUUCAGGACAGGGAAAAUAGAGCCAUUGCGCAAACGCCCUGAACUGGCAAAGCUGUUUUGGCCUCCACCUCAGUGGAUUGCUUCCUCCAUGUCCGAGGUCCGUAGCUUCAAUUCUCAAUACCGGAACGCAGAAGAAAAUCUAGGAGAAACAUCCUAGUAACCCUGAAGAUCAACAUGGUGAACAUGGAGUUGCCACCUCUUUGUGAGAUUCGGAACUUGAAAAAAAAGGCGAAAUUUUUACAGAGAAGCAAUCCAUAUGAUCAUUUGGCUUGAGCUUCGGAAGCUCGUUCCAUGAGCCAAUGGUUUGUAAUGCUCAUGAGAGCCCCCCCCCCCUUCUGGGUGUGUAUGCAUCAUGACUCUUGUAUAUUAUUAUAUUCAAAUAUAAUUCCGGAUUUAUGUUUUUUCUUUUUGCAUCUACGUGACAUUUGACGAUCUGCCCAUCAAUGGUCAAAGAUUAAAAUGUUUAUUUA